GAUUCUCCUAGUCUCGAAGCUGAUCAUGGACAUUGAAGCUCAGAAUAUAUACGGUCGGAUUCACUCCCGCCAGGUACGGCUAUUGAAGUUUCUUCCAGACGAUGAACGUACAUCUAUCGUCUUUGAGGCGCACUCAUCGAUGGGCCAAUGCCCUCGUAUCGUGCACUUUCCUCAAUCGUUUGUGCAGGUGCUGAGGUCAAACAAAACCAUGUGCGACGGCCGAUGGUGGAUCGAUUAUUUAUGCAUCAACCAAGCCGACCUGGUGGAAAGAGCUGAACAAGUUAGGCUCAUGCAGCAAGUCUACGACAGGGCUCACGAAGUCAUCAAUCUCCUAUCGCGAAAAUGGUGGUCAAGGGUUUGGACAAUACAGGAGUUCGUCAUAUCACGAAACUUAAUGUUCUGGUGUGGAUUGCAAGAAGCUAGUAAAGCGGCCCUCUGCAACAGCAUCGCUGUAGCAGACAAAUAUACAUCCGUCGGUAUCAAGGAAACAAUUGCCUUCCGCUACGGUCUGAAUCGAAAGAGAGUAUGGAACCUGUACGAGGCUCAAGUGAAGGGUUGUCCCCAAAUUACUCGUACCCUGCUAUCACUCGCAGCGUACUUCUGUUCUAUGGACAUAACAGAUGAUCGCGACAGACUCUAUGGCAUGAUAGCGAUGGCAACAGAUGGAUCAUCGCUCCUGAACGUUGAUUAUUCGUUAACCUGCGAAGAGGUUUACCUGCGAUUCGCGCAGGCCUUUAUUACACAGCACAAAUCAUUAGAUAUUAUAUGUUUUGCUACAAUACACAAAGCGAUAUCUGGCUCGUCAUUGCCAUCUUGGGUGCCGGACUGGCACUGGAGGAACGCGUAUCAUGUCACACCUCUCAUAGUCUCACAGUCUCACAACGACCAAAUCGGGAAUCCCCGGUCUCCUCGAUACGUUGGCGAUGGCCCGUAUGUUCACUUCUCGGCUUCGAAGGGUAAAUCGGCGGUUUAUAAGUUCAAUCACUCGCAGCUGCUUGUUCAAGGCGUUGUUGUGGACACUGUUGAUGGGAUAUCCGCCUCUAAGGGUGCUCCAUUUGUACAAAGCUCCGAUGAAAACCUUCCAUCUCCCAGUAUUUCUUACACUGAGAUUCUGGAAAGCAUAUGUCAAGCUCUGGCCUUGGAUUGCAAGGAUCGGUUUCUACGGCACCCUAUGUCUGUCGAGGAAUUCUUCUACGACUUUAUACGCCUGUGUAUACCACUUUUGAGAGUGGAUUCCACUGCUUCCACUCUUACGGCAUUGGAAGAGUGGUUCCAGAGGACUAGGCUCCUGCGAAUCCAGGGAAGUACGUUUGAUAGCAUCCUUGGCGAUCAUUAUCAAAGCAGUAUAGACCUGUCUGGCCCAGCCCCAAACAACGACGAAUUCAUAUUGGACUCAUUCAUAGACAGAUUCUUUGACACCGUGAUCAGGUUAUCACUGCGUUUGAUGGUCACUCAGGCCGGUCGCAUUGGUAUGGUGUCAGAGCAAGCGACAAAGGGAGAUCUGAUCUGUGUGCUAUAUGGCUGUAGCGUCCCUGUACUAUUGCGCAAAGUUAGCAACAGUGAGAGGUUUUCCUUCAUAGGGGAAUGCUUCCUUGAAAACUAUAUGAAUGGGCAAGCGCUGGAUCAAACAGAACUUCUAGAGCAGACGUUUUGUCUUCAAUAAUAGGGCCGGGCAGACACGGUGACUGUCGCUGACAUAUUCACAAUCGGUUCACGUGGGCGAGAGGAUGCUUCCGUAGGGGCUGUGAAAGAUGGCACGGAGGAGCAAAAGUUGGAGAACAUCAAAGAAGUUAGUGAUGAUCUUGCAGGCACAGCGUCUACAAGACCAACAAAAGCGAGGAGAAAUCUUCUGGGCGAGCGCUCGCAUCUACCCGUUCAGCAGAGCUUCCGCGCAGUGGGCGAACGAUAAGUCUUAGUCGGCAUUGCUAACGCGGGACAGCUACUUAACAUGUCAGGACGCUACUGCCUUCGUUGGUAUGAACUCGCUGGAUUCUUCCUGGAAGUCC